AUGACUACAAGGAAAUUAUUCACGAAAGGUUACAAGACACCUGAACCUGGUGAAGAAAUUGUUAUUUCUGGUAUUGCCGGUAGAUUUCCAGAAUCAAAAAAUGUGGAGGAGUUCAAAAACAAUUUACUAAAUAAAGUAGAUAUGGUUACGGAUGAUGAUCGCCGAUGGAAAUUAGAUCAUCCAGACAUCCCUCAGCGUACAGGAAAGAUUAACGAUGUUAACAAAUUCGACGCGUUGUUCUUUGGCGUCCAUUUUAAACAGGCCCACACAAUGGAUCCGAUGUGCAGAAUCUUAUUAGAACACGCUUACGAAGCUAUCAUUGAUGCGGGAGUUAAUCCAAAGCAGCUACGUGGAUCACGAACUGGCGUUUUCGUGGGUGCAUGUUUCUCUGAAUCUGAAAAGACUUGGUUUUACGAAAAAUUACAGGUAAAUGGUUUUGGAAUUACCGGAUGCAGCAGAGCCAUGUUAGCGAAUAGAAUUUCCUACUGGCUAGGAGCGACUGGACCAUCUUACACUUUAGAUUCCGCUUGUAGCUCGAGCUUAAUUGCGUUGGAACAUGCUUAUCGAUGUUUGCAAGACAAUCAAUGCGACGCCGCUCUUGUGGGCGGAUCAAACCUGUGUCUUCAUCCCUAUGUAUCGCUGCAAUUUUCUCGUCUUGGAGUUUUGUCGCCUGACGGCCGCAGUAAAUCAUUUGACGCCGACGCGAAUGGCUACGCUCGCAGCGAAGCAAUUUCCGUUAUAUAUCUACAGAAGGCGAAGAAUGCAAAACGAAUCUACGCUACAGUGGUCUACGGUAAGACAAAUUGUGAUGGUUACAAGGAACAAGGCAUCACGUUUCCGUCGAGCACUAUGCAAGCCAGGUUGCUGGAAGACUGUUACAAGGAUUGCAAUAUACCACUGAACGAUGUAUACUAUAUUGAAUGUCAUGGUACUGGCACCAAAGUCGGCGAUCCUGAAGAACUUCACGCAAUCGAAAAAGUCUUCUUUGAGAAAGAUAGACCUACUCCUUUGCUAAUCGGUUCUGUUAAAUCAAAUAUGGGUCAUGCCGAGCCAGCUAGCGGCCUAUCUCAAAUUGCCAAGGUAAUAGUAGCAAUGGAAAGCGGAAUAAUCCCAUGCAAUUUGCAUUUCAACCGGCCACGAGAAGGCUUGAAAGCUCUUGAAGAUGGCAGGAUGAAAGUCGUCACUGAAUCAAUACCUUGGGAAGGCACUUAUUCGGGUAUAAGUUCCUUUGGUUUUGGAGGUGCCAAUUGCCAUAUCGUAUUAAAAUCUCAUCCGAAAAAUAAAAUUAACAAUGGAGCACCAUCUGAUGAUUUACCGAGACUCGUAACAGUAUCUGGACGUACAGAGGACUCUGUUAAAGUAUUCUUAGAUGAUAUCGAGAGACAUCCAGUAGACACUGAGUAUAUUCGUCUGUUACAUGACAUUCACAAUGAUGAUAUCCAAGGACAUCUGUAUAGAGGGUACACAAUAGUUGGCUCCAAGGCGGAACAUUCCAUAAGAGAAGUAGAAAAUUAUUUGGGAACUGCGAGACCUCUUUGGUUCGUGUUUUCCGGUAUGGGAUCUCAAUGGCCUGGUAUGGGUAUCGAGCUGAUGAGAUUCCCUGUCUUUGCCGAAGCUGUUAAGAAAUGUGAUGCCGUCUUACGACCACGUGGUGUAGAUAUUAUUAAUAUACUAACAAAUAAAGAUAAAACUAUUUUCGACAAUAUUUUACACUCAUUUGUGGGUAUCGCGGCAGUACAGAUUGGUCUAGUCGAUCUCCUUACAUCGGUAGGUAUUGUGCCGGAUAAUAUUAUUGGUCAUUCUGUCGGAGAGCUCGGUUGCGCUUACGCAGACGGAUGCUUCACCGCCGAACAAAUGAUCUUGUCAUCAUACUCGAGGGGUUUGGCGUCUAUCGAAACUAAAGUAAUUUAUGGUUCGAUGGCGGCUGUAGGUCUUGGCUACGAGGACAUCAAAGAUAUGUGUCCACCUGACAUCGAAGUGGCUUGUCAUAACGCUUCUGACAGUAGCACUAUUAGUGGACCUGCUGAAUCUAUGAAAGAAUUUGUCGCCCAAUUACAGGCUAAGCAAAUCUUUGCGAAAGAAGUACCAUGCAGCAACAUACCCUAUCAUAGUCGUUAUAUCGCGUCCGCCGGACCGAAACUUCUGGCUUAUUUGAACGAGAUAAUUCCUCAAUCGAAGCCGCGCAGCAGAAAAUGGCUGAGCACGUCUGUACCACGCAACAAAUGGUCUACCGCGGCCGCCAAGUUGUCAUCUGCCGAAUACCAUACAAAUAAUCUUCUGAAUCCUGUACUAUUCGAAGAAACAGCGCGUAUGAUCCCGAAGGAUGCAGUGACCAUCGAGAUCGCGCCCCAUGCUCUUCUACAAGCUAUCUUGAGGCGAUCUCUUGGUUCGGGAGUCACAAAUAUCGGGCUUACCCAACGUGGUCACAGAGACAAUGUCGAAGUUGUUCUGCAAGGACUCGGCAAGCUCUACAACGCAGGAGUACAACCGGAUAUUGCAAAACUCUUUCCGCCCGUCGAGUAUCCAGUUAGCCGUGGUACCCCAAUGAUCGCACCUUCUAUCAGAUGGGAACACACUGACGACUGGUACGUAACAGCAUUCAAGUUGCAAAAGAAGGUCACUUCCGGAGAGAGAACUCUUACCAUGAAUAUAACAGACGAAAACUUCGAGUAUAUGAACGGUCAUGUUAUUGAUGGGAAGAAUUUAAUACCUGCCAUGGGAUACCUUGCUAUGGUUUGGGAAACUAUGGGUACGUUGCAAGAGGAAAUGUAUACAGAGCUAUCAGUUGUCUUCGAAGAUGUCAUAUUCAUGCGUGCUACUCAUAUUCCAAAAGAAGGCAAUAUUGAGUUAACAGUAAUGGUUCAAAAAGGCACUGGAAGAUUCGAAAUAUCGGAAAGUAGCACUCCGAUUGUGACUGGAUUGAUUCGAGUCGUGAAGAACCCAACGCAAGAAAAGGUACCUGCUAAUCUUUUGCCAGAAGAUGAUGAUGAGGAAGAAGUACUGACUACUAAGGACAUUUAUAAAGAGCUAGGAUUACGAGGUUACCAAUAUUCAGGCAUUUUCCGUUCCUUAAAAAGCGCAUCCCUAUCAGGGAAUAAGGGACACAUUGCUUGGAUGAGUAAUUGGGUAACGUUCCUCGACAACAUGCUACAGAUAAUGAUUCUUGGAAUGAAUACGAAAGGUUUAUAUGUGCCUACGAAAAUACGCAAGAUCGUGAUUGAUACUAAGCUUCACCAACAAGAAGUUCGAAAUUUCGAUCCAGAAAACAAUCAAUUCCCCGUACGCGUGUACAAAGAAUGGGAAACUAUAAUAUCAGGUGGAGUUGAAAUCCGUGGUGUUCAGGCUACGGCCAUACCUCGCCGGUUGAGAACCGACGAUGCAAUCCUUGAAGAAUAUAAAUUCGUGGCUUAUCGCGACAGAGCACAAGUAUCCUUGAAGGAGGCGAUUAGAUUAUCCACGCAGAUUGCACUCGAAUAUCAUCAAACUGUUCAUAUAAAAACCAUCGAAUUGAUCGACGAUUCUGAUAAGGUGACAAUGGAUGAAUUAGCAUCACCCAUACUCACUGAGAUUUUAGGUGAUUUGCCCUUGAUUCAAGCGAAGGUGCAUCUGUCAGCCCCAUCUAAUCGUUUUGAUUAUUCAUUAUUCCCGAAUGUUAUCGCUUUGGACAUUAAUAAAGUAUCCAAACAAGAUAAUGUUAUGCUUGCUGUCGGUAUCGGGCUAUUAUCGAGAAAUAAGGACCACCAAUUAGAAAAAAUCCUGUUGAAAAUGAAAAACAGCGGUUUUGUAUUAACACGAGAAAGAUCCAAGCUCGAAAAUCUUUCAACACUUUCGAAGCAGGGUUUAGAUGUGAUUCUAGAAAAGAGUAUUGGUGAAGAGACUAUAGUACUUUUAAAAAAGAAACAGCAGAUGGUCAGAAAAACCGAAGUCGUCCAUGUUAACAACAAUGAGUUCACCUGGCUCGAAAAGUUAAAUUCAUUCAUGAAUAUUGAAAGCGAAACCAAUGAUAUGAGAAUAAUACUCGUCAGUGAAGCAGAGUUAGAAAGUGGUUUGCUAGGCUUCGUGAACUGUUUAAGAAAGGAACCAGGUGGAGAAAUAAUCAGAAGUGUAUUGAUACAAGAUACCGAAGCUCCUAAGUUUUCUCUACAAAACCCAUUAUAUUCAGAACAGCUCCAGCUGGAUUUGCCGAUCAAUAUAUUGAAACCAGGAAAAGUAUGGGGUUCCUAUAGACAUCAACCGUUGCCGAGUCUACAGCCAAAGCUUGUUCGUCAUGCAUAUGUUGAUCAAAUGGUACCUGGUGACUUAAGCUCGCUUCGUUGGAUUGAGGGCAGUAUACGUCCUGAUACCAAUCAAAAGAAUCUGGUCCAUGUAGUGUACUCGGCUCUCAACUUUAAAGAUAUCAUGUUUACCACAGGAAAACUUGUUUUGGAUACUACCAUGUUGUGGGAUGGAAUCAACGAGCUCCCGAUCGGCUAUGAGUAUGCUGGUAUCGAUACCACUGGUCGUCGUGUGAUGGGUCUUUGCUAUAGAAGAGGUUUAACAAACAACAUCAUUAAAUCGGACAAUUUGUUCUGGUAUGUACCUGAUAAUUGGUCGUUAGAGGAUGCGGCUACUGUGCCAUCCGUGUAUGCAACAUGCUAUAUGGCGCUCUAUCAACGUGGUGAGAUGAAGAAAGAUGACAAGGUGCUCAUUCAUUCCGGUACUGGUGGCAUCGGCCAAGCAGCGAUACAUCUAGCUCUUCGCGAAGGCUGUGAGGUGUUUACUACUGUGGGAACACCUGAAAAACGCAAAUUCAUUCGCGAGAUGUUCCCGUCAAUUCCGGAUGAUCAUAUUUACAGUUCGCGUAACACUAACUUCGAGCAGAUGAUACUUCAAAGAACCAAUGGCGAGGGAGUGGAUAUCGUUUUAAAUUCAUUAGCCGAAGAGAAGCUCCAAGCGUCAGUUCGUUGUCUGGCGAUAGGAGGUCGUUUCCUAGAAAUCGGCAAAGUUGAUCUUGCUGCAAAUAAUUCCUUGGGAAUGAUGAUCUUCUUGAAAGAAGUCAGUUUCCAUGGAGUUAUGUUUGAUCAUUUGCUUUCUUCUUCGUUUGGAUUGAAAGACGAAAAGUUAGAGGAAGAAAAGGCGGAGUUGCAUAAUUUGGUAAAUGAGGGUCUAAAAAGUGGAGCGAUCAAACCACUUGUUAGAAAAGUUUUUGAAAAGGAUGAAUUGGAAAUGGCCUUUAGAUAUAUGACGACCGGAAAGCAUAUAGGCAAGAUACUUUUGAAAAUCGGCGAUGAGAAAAAGAUUCUCGAAAAGAAACCUAUUCUUGCUGAUCCACGAUAUUACUGCGAUAGUAAUAAAACCUACCUUAUUCUGGGUGGGCUAGGUGGUUUCGGAUUGGAAUUAGCCGAUUGGUUGAUACUCCGAGGUGCCAAAAAUAUAGUGUUGACAUCAAGAACGGGAAUAAAGAACGGUUACCAACGCAAGAAAGUCGAGUUAUGGAAAUCUUAUGGCGUAAACGUGCUUAUCAUCACAGGGGCAGACGCUUCGAAUCGUAAAGAUUGUGAAUUUAUACUAAAUUCUGCAGAGAAACAGGGCUCAGUAGACGCCAUCUUCAAUCUUGCCGUGGUGCUGAAGGACUACAUCUGCAAGAAUCAAACAUCGGAAUCAUUCGAGGAGUCUUUCAGAGCGAAAGCUUGGGCCACGAAGAUGCUGGACGAAUUAUCCAGAAAGUUGUGCCCGCAUCUUCAGCAGUUCGUAGUUUUCUCCUCGGUUUCUUGCGGGAGAGGGAAUGCUGGACAAACGAAUUAUGGUAUGGCUAACUCUAUAAUGGAGAGAAUUUGUGAACGUAGAGCAGCGAACGGUCUGCCGGGACUGGCUAUUCAAUGGGGCGCAAUAGGAGAAGUUGGUCUUGUCGCUGAAUGGCAUGACAACAACAAGGAACUCGUCAUUGGCGGCACUUUGCAGCAAAUGGUAUCUUCCUGCCUUGAAAAGUUGGAGAUCUUCUUGUUGCAGAAUCGCCCAGUGGUAUCUAGCAUGGUGGUAGCGGAGAAGCGUGUAGGUGCUUAUGGAGCUGCCGACAUUGUAGAGGCCGUGAUAAAUAUAAUGAAUAUGAAAAAUAAAACUGUGGCUCAGAACAUAUCAUUAGCCGAACUCGGCAUGGAUUCAAUGAUGGCUGUAGAGAUUAAACAAACACUAGAACGUGAAUACGAUAUCUUCCUCACCGCGCAAGAUAUUCGCAAUCUAAACUUCGCUAAAUUAAUGGAGAUGCGCGAUAAGGAUUUGGAACGACAGAAAGCACAGAAUCCAGAGACCAAUGAAGAGACAACCGAACUAUCUGGCAUACAACUGUUGCUUCAGAUUUUGUACAACGUAGAUUUGCCUACUGAGACCUGUAUGGAAUUACAAACUAGGAUGGAUCCGCGCAAAAUAAAAGUGUUCCUCUUGCCGAGUAUACAGGGUUGUGGACAGAUAUUUAAUGCACUAGCGUCAAAGAUCAGACCUUUCGCAACGGUUUUGCAAUAUGGAUUGGAGAAUACUAUGUCUAUACCAGAAUACGCCGAUCAUCUUUUAACAUAUGUCUUGCCAAAGGCGGAAGAGCAAAGAGGUUUUGCCAUAGUCGGAUAUUCGUAUGGUUCGUUAAUUGCUCUCGAAUUGGUGAAACGACUGGAAAAACAUGGUUUAAGCGGUCGACUAGUGCUAAUUGAUGGUGCUCCUGAGCUAUUGAAAACAAUGUUAGAGCAAUUCCUUCCAGCUACUACAGAAGAAGAACUUCAAAAUAAUAUCUUGCUUUCUAUCAUGGAUACUGUACAAUCAGCUUCAAGCGGAAAGCUACUUUUAGAUCUUAAUAAAUAUACAACCUGGGAAGAAAAAUUAAAUGUUUUCUUUUCGCACGUUCCUGACAAAAUAUCGAUUACCGAAAUUCAGAAAAAAUUGUAUACAAAUAUUUAUAUGCACAUUCUCGCUUUACGAAAGUACGACUGGUCAUCCUUGGGAUGGAUACGAUCGCCUAUAACACUUUUGAGACCCACGAAAUCAUCUGUCGAUAUGACCGAAGAAGAUUAUGGCUUAUAUAAGAUCACGCGAGACAAGAUAAAUGUACAUUAUGUUGAAGGCAACCAUGUAACAAUGUUGGAUAGCGACAAGGUCAUAGCUGCGAUCAAUGGAGAAUCGUUGCAGGAUCCUAAAGAAUUCAGGAAACUUUUAACAGAAGAUAGACCAUUCGAAGAAACAGAACGUACAAGAGUCUGAAUUACAGCUUAAAAGUCUGUAAUGUAUUUAACUUAAAAGAAAAAAAAAUAUAUAUAUGUAUGUAUUUUUUGCCAAGUUUAAGCUGUAAAUAUAAUUUGGAUUUGCCAAUA